GGUGACACCACACCAUGACAAACCUGUAUCCCGGCGCGGCGCUGAUCGCGACGGGCCUUGCGGCACACGGAUACCGCAAAGGCGCGCUGUCGGCGUCCGGCGCCACCGCCGCCUGGGUGGCGGGGUACGCGCACCUCGCGAACCCGCUCAAGCUGUUCGGGGUGACCAUGAUCGUGUUCUACCUGGCCGGCAGCCGCGCAACGAAAGCCAAAGCGGCGAUCAAAGCGACACUUGAAGACGGGCCGGACGGCACGUCCGGCAACCGCACAUGGGUGCAGGUACUGAGCAACUCGCUCCCCGGCGUGCUCGUCGCGCUGUCCUACCGCCUAACUUACGACACAUACCCGCCCGCACCGCCCAACCUCCCCCCGACGCUCCUCGCCGGCCUCCCGCGCCGCCUCAUCUUCGCGCUGGUGGGGCACUACGCCACAUGUCUCGCGGACACGCUCGCGUCCGAGCUCGGCAUCCUCGCGGGCCGCCCGACGCACAUCGUCACCCGCCGCCCCGUGCCGGCCGGCACGAACGGGGGCGUGACGGCGCGCGGGCUGGCGUGGUCCCUCGUCGGCGGGCUGGUUAUGGGCCUCACGGUCGCGGCCGGCGUCGUGGUCGAAGAUCCGAGCGCGUACUUCGCCCCGAGCAAAGACGGGGUGCGCGCCGCCGCGCUGUGGGUCGCGCUCAGCGGGUGGCGCGGGCCUGUGGGGCUCGUCGUUUUCGGCGCGAUCGCGGGGGUCGCAGGGUCUCUUCUCGACUCGAUCCUUGGUGGUACCCUGCAACGUACGCUGUACUCUACGGCUGAUGGGCGCGUGCUGACGGACCACUCGGACCCGGCGCGCGCGCGCGCCCCCGGCGUCGUCACGAUCGGGCCGGGUAUAGACGUCCUCUCUAACUCGGCCGUCAACGCCAUCUGCGGCGCCGUCAUGGCCGCCUUCGGAUGGUGGGUCGCGGGCUGGUAA